AUGACCAGUCCAUCUCGUCCGUUCGUGCCCUCUACGCCCCACUGCGCGAUCCCCCCCCAUCAACAGGUCAUCUUCCUCGCGCGAGCACACCAGCGCUACGGGUUCGUCCUCGCUGAGCCAGCCCCUUGCUCCUCCUCCUCCUCCUCCUCCUCCUCGUGCAAAACAAACGACCCCAAGCCACAACCAUCAUCACUUCCGGUGGAAGCUCCUACCCCCAUCCAGUUGCCCUCGGAUCAGAGGAAGAGAAAAGAAUUUUUCGGGCGAAAAGGCGACGACGUCAAUGGCGGGGUCGGCGGCGGCGGCAUCAGGCAUGGCAACGAGGCCAUGGGGGAGGAGGAGAAAGGGUGGGGAGUGGGUUGGGAGAGCAGUCGGGCGGAAGGAGGCUUGCGGGAUGGCUGCAGCAGCGGUAGCGCAGCGGACUACGCGAUGCAGGAUGACGACGCCGACCACGACAGGCACGAUGGCGCGGCGGCAGCGGCAGCGGCAGCGGCGGCGGCGGCGGCGGCGGCGGCUGGUGCCGGGGUUCGUGCUCUUAGUGAGGAAGGUGUCGCAAAGUUUGCUGCACUUGCCGCCUUCGCUGAAACCACCGACAUCGCUGUCUCAGCAGCGGUCCCCGCCGCUACCGAGCUGUCGGAGUGCAACGCGUCGGUCGAGGGUAGCGGCGGCACCGGCGGCGGCGGCGGCGGCGGCAACGGCGGCGGCGGCGGCAACGGCGGAGGCGGGCCUAACAGCAGCGGUGUUGUCGACACGGGCGGGGUGGGUAGCGACACGCCGAAAGAGCGGAGGAGCAGUGGCCACGGGGCUUCUGGUGGGAGCGGGGUGGUAUCAGGCGACAACGCCGGCGCUGAUGCGAAGCCGAGAGGCGGGUGGAGGAUAGGGGAAGACCUUUCAAUGCCCCAGGCCGGGGCUCACGCCGUGUGGAGCCGCUUCAAGGAGGCGCUUGAAGUUAAGGCGGCAGCGGCGGUGGCAGGAGGGGGCGGGGGCGAGGCUGCCGCCGCGGGGAGGAGGAGAAGGGCCAGGGCGGCCGGUAAGGAGCUGGUUGAUGAAGUGCUGCUGGAGGAGAAGAGGGAGGCCGUGUUGACUGCGGUCCGAUGGGCUUGGAAGGGAUACACCACCCACGCCUGGGGAACGGACGAGCUCAACCCCUUGACGAGGCGAGGCAAGACUUCCUUCAGACUCGGCCUAACCAUCGUCGACUCGAUGGACACGCUCUGGCUGGCCGGAGAGAGGGAGGAGUUCGCCCGGUGCCUGCAUUGGGUGACCAACGUCAUGGACCUGGACGUCGACCAGAACGUGAACGUCUUCGAGACGACCAUCCGGGUGCUCGGAGGACUGCUGGCGGCGUAUCACCUUUCCGGCGAGGAGGCCCUCCUGACCAAGGCCGCAGACCUCGGCCGCAGGCUGUCCAAGGCUUUCGACUCGCCGUCCGGGAUUCCCUACUCGGACGUGAACUUGAGAUCGGGCCGCGCCUUCAACCCAAGGUCGUCCCCGGGCAGCUCGCUCUCGGAGGCCACGACUCUUCAGCUGGAGUUCAGUUAUCUGACGAAGCUUACGGGGGACCCUUCCUUCCACGGGGCUGCGCAGCGAGCCUCUGACGCAGUCGAGGAAGCGAUCGUCAAGCUUGCCUGGGGGGAGAAGGGCCGAGGGGAGAGGCAGGGGUUAGCUCCUGUUUUCGUCGAUCCCAAGACAGGGCUCUUCGGGGAGUCUGGCGGGGCGGUUGGGACGAAUCGCGGGCUGGUCACUCUCGGCGCGAGGGGAGACUCGUACUACGAGUACCUGCUUAAGCAGUGGCUGUUUUCCGGCAAGAAAGACACCAAGUACCUUCGGAGGUACCAGGAGGCAGUUCGAGCGGUGGAGGCCACGCUGCUUCAGAAGUCCUACCCGGGGGACCUGUGGUUCGUCGGCGAGCUAGUCGGUGAAAACUUCUCGCCGAAGAUGGACCACCUCGUCUGCUUCCUCCCAGGAACUUUGGCUUUGGGCCAAUUGCGAGGGGCGGCCGGGGAGGGCGACGGGCACCUGGCGUUGGCCCGAGAGCUUAUGGAGACAUGCUAUCAGAUGUACGAGCGCACGGGGACGGGUUUGGCCCCGGAGAUCGUGCACUUUAAGACCGCAAAUGGCGGGAGCGAUGGCGGCGGCGGUCAUGGGGAAGACAUGAUCAUCAAAGCGAGAGAUAGACAUAACCUCCUCCGCCCCGAGACUCUGGAGUCGCUCUACUACCUGUACUGGAUUACCGGCGAGGAAGGGUACCGGGAGCAGGCAUGGACGAUCUUCGAAGCCUUCGAGGAGCACUGCCGGGUGGACCGAGGGGGCUACGCCGGGCUCAAAGACGUUACCGACGUGCGCUCGGAGAGGCUCAAUAAGAUGGACACUUUCUUCGUGAGCGAGAGCCUCAAGUACCUGCUGCUCAUAUUCUCGGAGAAAAACCCCCUGCCGUUCGACAGCUACGUCUUCAACACGGAGGCCCACGCUUUCCCGAUUUUCUAGAAGGAUUGCGACAUCCUCCGUAGGUGACACAAGAUUUCACACCCCCUGGACCGGUUUUCGAUGUCCCAUUACUCCAGGUUAGAAAUAGUGGCGGUGCCGAAAAUGGCGGCGUUGGAACCGUCUCGUCUAGAUCUUUCGAAACAACAAUCGCUCGAUUUUGACAUCGCAUUCGUCCGGACGUAGUCAAGCUUUGAAAAAAUUCCAGGGGGUGCGGUAGCUUGCGUCAGCUACGGUAUUUAGUUCUAUACGUCGGAGGGGUCAGCGUCCCGUAAGAGCUGGGUUGCACUCACGUCCAAGGAUGGUGCGAAUGGCGCCCCAAGUUUCCCACAGAAAAAUGAAAAUUGAAUCACGUCGCCGUCGAAGAACAACGCCGCCGGUGAAUGAUUUAUAUAGGUUUCGCCGUCCUUCCACCCCUCCUGCUGUUGCAUGUUAGUUUCCCUCUCAGAGCAAGGUACUUAUGUUAACGUUUUGAACAGGUGACGGUUUGUUGGUGUGUUUUGUGUGAAAUAGUGUUACCUUUUAUCUAAUGUGUGCAUUUCUUGUGCUGCCGCUUUUUUGGGCUGAUGUAGAAGGAUCAACCUUUUUUUGCCAAGAGCAACCGAACAAAAGUGGGCCAAGUAGAGAUGGUAGACAAGGCCCUAACCGUUGUGUUUUGCACGUCACAGCUGCAAUGUCAACGUUAAUGGUGGCUGUUUCUUUUUGGGGCAUGGUAAGAACCGCCGAGCACGCUGCCCUUCGCGUACCCUCUUGUGAGCGGAGAAUUUGUGGUCUGCCA